UGGUUUUAAAUACAAAUAGAACAUAUUCAUUUUGGUUAAUUUCAUGGUCGUUUGAACUGUCUGCUUGCGUUGAUUUUAGUGUGAUUCAUGAAUUUUACAGACAUAUUAGACUUCAUUUAACUAUUUCCACUUAAUUUAUAGUUCAAAAUGGGGUGUAAUUAAAAUUGAUGACUGUCUAUUAACCAAAAAUAAUAACCAGUUUAGUUUACUGAACAAAAAGAAAAAGAAGAUGGAGAACAAUUUGAGCCGCAGCGGCAGCAGAUCGAGCUCAGUAUGUGAGCUGGAGAAGGAUCUUAGCGAUAUGGAAAUAUUGAAAAACAGAUCAAGCCGACGUAGUAAUGUAUUCCCUCGAACCCAACCAGCGCGAAAAGCGAAACGAGUCAGAUUCUUCCGAAAUGGUGAUAAAUUUUAUUCAGGAGUUAUAAUUCCGGUCUUGCCAGAAAGAUACAGGUCUUUUGAUAGUCUAACAGCUGAUUUGACUAGGGUGCUAGUUGACAAUGUAACACUGCCAAGUGGUGUUCGAACUAUAUACUCACUUGAAGGUAGAAAAAUAGGUAAACUAGACGAUCUGGAAGACGGACAGUCGUAUGUGUGCAGCGGAUUCGGCGAGCCGUUCAAACGGCUGGACUACGAGGCCAGCGCCGUGACACCACAGUCGUUCAGACUCAGCGGACCUGAAUCUCUGAGUGAUAGUGCAAGCCCAUCGCCAGCGAGAGCUAAUAAUAACAAAUGGCCGCGAUGUCCAAAUGGUAGCAGCACUACUGGCAAUGGAACGCCACGCAUCAGCCCCGCCGGCGAGAACGUGGUCAGGCCACGACUAGUGACUAUUAUUAGAAAUGGAGUCAAACCUCGCAAGGUAUGUCGUUUAUUACUGAACAAGCGCAACAGUCCGACGCUGGAGCACGCGCUGGCGGCCAUCACUGAGUGCAUCAAGCUGGACACGGGCUGCGUCCGCAAGGUGUUCACGUCGGCCGGCGCACCCGUCACUGCGCUGCACCAAUUCUUCGAAGACGAGGACGUAUUCUUUGCGUAUGGUAAUGAAAGGGUCAAUCAAGAAGAUUUUGAACUCGAGUUUGAAGAAAAUAAAGCUGUGUCGCAAUGCAAGAAAACUCCAAUCACCAGAAAUUCUAGGUCGGGCCCGAAGCCGCGCAUGCCGGUGAAGUGCGGGCGCUCGGCGCGCUCGGCGCUGGCGCCGGGCGCGGGCGCGGGCGCGGCGGGCGGCGCGGGGGGGGACGCGCCCGCCGACCUCGCGCCGCCCGCGCCGCCGCUGCCGCACCCGCUGCGGCUCAAGUACUCCGUCGGGAAGAUUAUCGGUGACGGUAACUUUGCUGUUGUACGGACUUGCAAGGACAAGACCACAGGAAAGGACUACGCCCUUAAAAUUAUUGACAAAGCGAAAUGUAAAGGCAAGGAACACUAUGUAGAAGCCGAGGUGAGAGUAAUGAGGAAGCUCUGUCACCCGCGCAUAGUGUCACUGAUCGAAGAACAGGACAGUCCAGAGUGGCUGUUCCUCGUCAUGGAAUUAGUUAGUGGUGGAGACUUGUUUGAUAGUAUUGCAGCUGCUUCCAAAUUCUCUGAACCACAAGCGCGUUUGCUAAUCGGCCACCUAACAUCAGCUAUUGCAUAUCUACACUCGCUUUCUAUAGUGCAUCGUGACAUCAAACCUGAAAAUUUAUUGGUGGAAGUUGGUCCAGACGAAAGCAUACGCGGCCUGAAGCUGGCUGACUUCGGACUCGCCGUGGAAGUCUGGCGUCCGCUGCACGCCGUGUGCGGCACGCCCACAUACGUCGCGCCAGAAAUACUACUCGAAACCGGCUACGGUUUGAAGAUCGACGUGUGGGCGGCGGGGGUGAUCUUGUACAUCCUUUUGUGUGGGUUCCCGCCGUUCUCGUCGCCGGACGGCGACCAGGAGAAGCUAUUCGACGCGAUCUUGUCGGCGCGGCUGGAGUUCCCGGCGCCACACUGGGAGCGCGUGUCGGCCGCCGCCAUCGACCUCGUCGCCAACAUGCUGCGCCCGCAGCCCGAGCUACGCUUUGCUGCCGAGGACGUACUGGACCACGCCUGGAUGGCGGAUGACUAUGACGAGAGCUGCGACUUCCGCACGUGGUACGACGACGACUCGUCAUAGCGUGCACCCGCGCGCAGCCGCUCGGCUCCCGCGCACUGCUGACGCGCUCGCGCAUGCGCCCUCGCGCCACCCAGCCUGACAUCGCGCCGCACCGCCCUCUUCAUUUAUGCUACCGCUUUAGCGUUUAACGUUGUUUCAACGUCACCUUUGGCGGAGACAGACAGAUCUCGUCCGAAUCCUAUUUAAUAAUAGUACGAGAAAGCCCGUCGCUCCGGUCGCGUGAUUGUUUUCGACAAUACUCGUGUAUGCCUUUCGACAUGUUAACACCGAUACCAAAGUUAUUUUUUUAUGUAUUUUAUUUACUUGAAUACUGCAUGCAUACAUAAUUUAUUUAUAUAUUUUUAUAGUUCGUUUGGUGCAAACUCCGGUGCAGUAUUAUAAUUUCGUUAAUGACUAAAAGGACAUUGACCAAGCAAUCGGCGUGUUCGCUAGAAAUCGUAUGUGCAAGUUGUUACGUUGUGUGGGCGCCUGUAUGGCUCUGGAUGAGACAUUUUUUUGUUGUGUACACCCCAGUGUGAAACACCCGGUGCAGUAAUGUAUAUUGCUAAAGGGCAUUGUCAAACCAAUGCCUGAGCCCAGAGCUGUAAGGUGCCUUAAUGUUUUAACAAUAAAGAUGCCUUAGUAAUAAACGCUAUAUUUAAAAGUACUAGAAUGAUGUCAUUUGGCUUUUACAAAAUCCUUGACCAGCUUUUAGACCUCUAGGAUUUAUAGUAACUCAACCAUUCAUGUACAGAAUGAAAUUAAUUAGGUUUAAAAUAAAUAUUUAAAAUAAAUAAUUUUAUUUUAUGAUAAUCUGUAAUAUACAAGUAAUAUAUCUUAUUUAAUUAUUUUAAUGAGUUCGUAUUUAAAGGAGUGCAAGCUUAAUGAUAAGUUUUUGUAAUAUAUUAUGAUUUGCUUGUAGGCACACACUUGAUUCUAAAUCAUAUUGAUAUCUCUUGUCCUUUAUUGUUACAUUCCCCUUUGGAGAAGACACAUCAAUCGAUGUUCACAUUGCAAUGUGAACAAUGAAUUACCAAACCAUAUAAAUAAAUGCAAAAGUUCAUAAAGUACAUAUUCAUUUCACUUUUUUAAAACAAUUUUAAUGGUGGCAUUUUAGAUUCUUAAAAUAACAGUUGAAGACAAUAAACUAGUUACAUAGCUGUUUUCCAUUUACUUAUUCUCUCAUCUAAAUAAUACUUUGUAUGCUAAAAAUAUAAUAUCUAGCUUUCAUAGCAAUGUCUAAAGUGUAUUCUGCGUAUGAAGAGCGGUUUAUAGUAGAUCAUGCUUUGGCAGAAUUUAGCGUAUUAGAAACAAGCUAAAUCAUUUAUGAUUAGGUAAGUGCCAAAAUCAUGAACUACAUCUUGUGUCGCAUUCUCUUCUCAUGUCGUAGCAAUCCAUGUUCCUCUCGAAUAACUUAUAUUAUUACUUCCUACUUAGGUUAUUAUUUAUAGUGUUUAAUAACAUCAUUGAAGAACACCAAAUGCAAACCAUAAAUUAGACUAAUUUACAUUCCUUCACAGUUUAACAUGACGUGUUGCAGAGUGGCUAUUCUCUUGUUACGUCCACUAACAAAUAGAAACUAUUAAUUGCAUGC